GAAGUGAGUGGCAGUCGCCUGUCCACAUUUCAUAUCGGCCGCGGUGUUUGUGUGCGGCGUCUCAUCGUGUGCCGUGUCUGUGCGUUUUUUUCAGGACGUCGUCGGGCCGGACGGUCAGCCCGGGUACCACCACGCGGUGGCCCUGGCCCACGGCCUCGUGGAGCUGCGUCACCACGCCUUCGUCACCGCCCGUCAGACCAGAGGCAUCAUCGCUCUCUGGGAGAGGCUGACGGAGCGGGACAAGGCGCCGGUGACCUUCACCCCCCGCCACCAGGACCGGCUGGCUAAAGGACGGUUCAAGACCAGCAACCGCCACGCCCACAUCCCGGGAGUGGACAGUGUGAAGCGUGUCGUCGUGGGUAAGGGUGCGGGAGCGGCACAGUACCCAAGCCUCAGCAGGGUCGUCGAGGCCAUCAUGUUGGAGCUGUGCCGCGUCCACAGCGGCGACGCCAAGACCAUCGCCGGGGCACGCCUCAACCGCUGGGGUGCCGUCAUGAGGGAUUACAAAUUGAUCCAGGACAACGUGGUCAACUGUCCUGCCCUCAUGGCGAGCACCCGCAUCAUGCUGUAUGACGUGAACCAGCGGACCCUGUCCAUGUGGCAAAACACCAGGGAAAAAAACAAGAUGAGGGACUCCCUCGCAGUCCCGGGGCCCAGCGCUCCCCAGACUGCAGCGGAGCCCCUGUCGGCCCCACGGACUCUGCUGCAGCAGCCCCAGCAGCCAGACCAGCCCCUCCAGCACCACCUGCCCGCGGAUGCCUCUGGUCUGGCGGCAACAAUCAGAGGGCCGCUGGCCCCGGAGCUCUACGACCUCGUGGUGAAGCAGCAGAGUGUCACCGCCACCGCCCCCCCGGACCUCAGCCCGCUCCCAGCCGCGGCCACCGCUCCAGCCAUUGCCGCUCCGGCCGUCGCCAUUGCUGGAGCCAUGCCCCGCACCACUGCCUGGAGGCACAGGGUCCUGGAGGAGAAGGCGCGUCGUGCCCGGGAGCUAGGGGUCUACCUCAAGCCCCCUAAAAAGGUCUCGGGCUUUACCUGCAAGCGCUGUGGCCAGCACAAGACCAGGGAGAACGGCCACAGCCGCUACAAGCGGGAGACCUUUUGCGCCCGGGCCGACGGGGGAACGGUGGAGCAGUGGCGCAGUGAUCGGCUGGCCAGAGACCGCGAGGCCCCCCCCCCGCCGCCACCCUGA